CGGCAUCACUCCCAUCCAAUUUGCAGGGGUUUCAAAUGGAUCUGGAGACAGGAAGCAUCUGUUUUCUUUAAGCCACCACACCUGUUUGAUAUCCAUCCAAACAACAUGUUUUAAAUCGAGGCCGUUUCUAAUUUUUCAUGUUCAUCAGAAACCCAAAACUCAGCCACAGGUUCAUAAUCAAUGGCCAGUGUAGAAGCCAGAAAAGGAUAAUUUCCAAGAUAUUGUUAGUAGUAACUACACAAUCCUUUUUUCGGAAGAACAACUACACAAUCAAAGAGCAGGUGAUGGAUGCACAGUUCAGUUUCUGAACAAAAGACAAUUCAGAUUGCCCAUGGUCAUCAUUUUGUUAUGAGAUACUAUUACUUACUAGCCAGAGGAAAACCUCAACUUCUGAAGGGACUUGUAUUUUCUAUAUGGGAGAAAUAAAGGCUCGAGUCACUCCCCUGUAAUUAAUGUACAGAGCUGGUUGAGUAAACUCCGCUGUUGGUAUAUCUUUCAGGGCAACCAUGAGAUUGACCAGGUUAAUGCUGGAGGCUCAAGAUUUGUCCUGGGCUAAAAUUUCUUCCAAAGUUAAGCUUGAGAGUAUGGCCAUCCCACGCUUCAGAUUUCGUGGAGCGCUGUUGAUUGCGAAUGUGGUAAAGGGGCCAAUACUGAACAGCUAGGGGGACAGAUGCCAAACCAGGGUCAUGGUUACCAGGUAUCUUCUAAAGGUCAACAGGUCUCAGGUGAUCCAUGGAACAAUAUUCCUUGCCAAAGUUUUCAGCCGAUGCUCAAGUACACUGGAGAUGGAGUUCAACCACCAGUACAAACUUCUAUCAAUUUCAGGGAUAAGCCGUACAGUGGAGGGGAUUGUGUGACAGUCCAAGGAAGCCUCGGGCAGAACGCAAUUUUCUCAGAGCAGAAAAAGAAAAAGAAAAAAAUGGAGGACUUUCCUAGCGUCUUCGUUCUAAAAAAAAUGGAGGACUUUCCAUGCAAGAUGGAUAUGUACAUCUCUUUUUUUGGGUGAGAAAAUACAUUCCACUUGUUAUGCUAUUUUAACUAUCUUCCAACUGAUCAUUGAGCAUGGUC